GUUUGAUACUACCAUAGGACCACUGCAGUAUGCUGACCAGUUUUUACAGCUAUCGAUCAAACUCCCCAGCAGCAACAUCUAUGGUGUGGGAGAGCACGUGCAUAAGCAGUACCGGCACGAUGUUAACUGGAAAACCUGGCCCCUCUUCAGCAGGGAUAUUGGCCCCUCUGGAGAAAUGCAUAACUUAUAUGGAGUUCAAACUUUCUUCCUGUGUUUAGAAGACAACACUGGAGCCUCCUUUGGUGUUUUCCUAAUGAAUAGCAAUGCCAUGGAGUUUGCAGUGCAGCCUGCUCCAGCAGUGACCUACAGAACCAUUGGUGGAAUACUUGAUUUCUACAUCUUCUUGGGGAACACUCCAGAGCAAGUAGUCCAGGAGUACCUGAAGCUCGUGGGUCUGCCAAUGUUGCCAUCCUACUGGAGCCUGGGCUUCCAGCUCAGCCGUUGGAAUUACGGAUCUCUGGAUGAAGUGAAGAGAGUUGUGGAGAGGAACAGGGCGAUUGGACUCCCUUUUGAUGCUCAGAUCACUGAUAUUGACUAUAUGGAGGAAAAAAAAGAUUUUACUUAUGACAAAGUGAAGUUUCAAGAUCUCCCUAAUUUUGCAGCUUUUAUGCAUGACUAUGGACAAAAAUAUAUUAUCAUAUUGGAUCCUGCUAUUAGCACAAAAAAUCUAGUUGACGGUAGUCCAUAUGGAAGCUUCGUCAGAGGAGAGAGCAAAAAAGUCUGGGUUAAUGAAUCAGAUGGAGUAACAGCUUUAGUUGGGGAGGUGUGGCCAGGAGAAACUGUGUUCCCAGACUUCACCAACCCAGACUGCACUAGCUGGUGGGUGGAAGAAUGCAAACUGUUUUACAACAUAGUGCCGUAUGAUGGCAUCUGGAUUGAUAUGAAUGAAGUAUCCAACUUCAUUAAAGGUUCAAUAAAAGGUUGUGCGCAGAAUGACUUAAACUAUCCUCCUUUCACUCCCAAUAUUCUUGAAAACCUCAUGUUUUCCAAGACGCUUUGUAUGGAUGCAGUGCAGAAGUGGGGGAAACAUUAUGAUGUCCACAGUCUUUAUGGAUAUUCCAUGGCCAUAUCAACACAGAAAGCCAUCGAAGCACUGUUUCCUGGAAAACGAAGCUUCCUUAUUUCAAGAUCUACUUUUGUUGGAUCAGGAAAAUACACAGGACACUGGCUGGGAGAUAAUGCGGCAAUAUGGGAUCACUUAAGAUGGUCAAUACCUGGAAUGCUGGACUUCAACCUCUUCGGAAUUCCUUAU